AGCUGGUAAUUCAUGCCAGUAACUAUAAAGAAGCCACUGCAGGCAUUCUCAGAGAACAGCCCACCACUACCUGCUAUAAAUAUUCACUCUACUCCUCCCAGCCCAGUUAAGGUCUCAUGUUAUAUGUCAACGGCUGAGCUCAAAGGGUGGGAGCCAUAGAUUGCAGUUUGUCCUCCAGAUCUAAUUGUUGUUGCAGUCACUGAUGACUUCAUAUGGGGUUCAUAUCAAAGUUUUCCAGACAGCGAACAAGGUCGAUGCAAGAAACCAGCUGAACAACAACACAAGAAGUCACUGCUGUAAAGGUGUGUUUAUUUGACAAACAUGGAUGGGGCUUAUGAGAAUUGGCAGCACAAAGGUCCUGGUGAGAAGAGUGGGACCCAGCUUCAGUUCAUCAGAGGCUCCAGCAGUGUACCUGCCACUAAGACCACCACAAUCCGUCUUCGGGAUAUGUAUGAUCCCAAGCCUCAACCUGCCAAAGCCCCAGUCCGGAUCCGCCCUCCAGGUCCGAGACCUCCCCCUGUAAAGCAACCCGAUUUGAAGCAAACCAUGGCCACUAAGACCACCACCAUCCGUCUUCGGGACGUUUAUGAUCCCAAGCCUCAAACUGCCAAAGCCCCAGUCCAGAUCCGCCCUCCAAGUCCGAGACUUCCCCCUGCAAAGCAACCCGAAUUGAAGCAAACCAUGGUCAGCGAGCCUCCAACUAAGACGAUCAUGAGAAGACGAACUAAGUCUCUUCCUUCAACUGCAGAGAAGGAGAAAGACAUCAGGAGCGUGCAGGUUCGCUUUGUGGACUCACUGGGGCUUGAUUUAGAAGAAGUGAAGGUCUUCAAAGUUAAAGAGCACCCCCUGAUACCCCAACAUGUCAUGUUCAGACUAAUGAUGAGCUCUGAACUGGCCUUCGGCAAGUCAUUGGAGCUUUCCCUGCCUUACUUCAAACCUUGCUUUCCUGAAAAUAUGGGAGCUCAGCCAGACUUCCUGAAGUGUCUGCGCACCCAGAGUGUGUGCCUCGAGCAGGUCCUGUGUUCUGAGCUGGGGAUAACAGGGACUAUACAAGUACUAAAUUUAGCUUUUGAGAAAGAGGUCACAGUGCAUUACUCUUUCACCAACUGGAGAACACAAUCAGAUACAACAGCAUUCUGGGCAUCAAGUGGGUCCCGUGAAGAAUGCGAUGAUCCAGAAACAGAUAUCUUCCGAUUUCGUCUGCCUGUGCCACCUUUUAUUUUGCAGCCAGGAGCCGUUUUGGAAUUUGCCAUCUGCUUUUCUGUAAAUGGAUCUAAUUAUUGGGACAACAAUAAUGGGCGCAAUUACAAACUGUCAUGCCACAGCUACAAGGUGACUGUGCCAAGGGAGUGUGAAGAUAGCAUGCUGCAUUUUACCUGAGUGGCCACAUGAGGGAGCUAUAACACCUACACAUCGACAUGGAUGGCAACAAGCAACAUGUUGUGCAGUAACUAUUACCAAUGUUUUGCUUAACUUAUAUUAAGAAUGAUGAAUAAUGAUGAUGGAAUUUCACAAAGUAGAUUAACUCGAGUACUAUACUUAAGUACAAUUAAAUGUUUCCAUUUUAUGCUACUUUUUACUUCUAUUCCAAUACAUUCACAAAAGUAAAUUGUAUGUAAUAAUAAUAAUAAUAAUAAUAAAAUAAUAAUUUUUCUUUACUAGAUUUAUCUGAUAGCCACAGUUACUUGUUACUUUUUGGAUUCAAAUUUUACAUGCAAAACAAAUUAUCAGUUUAUAAAUGAAGAAUUGUUAUACACAAAAUUAUAUUAGUGGUUAAAAUUAGCUCCACCUCAACCAGCUAUUCAAAUGCUGCUUAAUUCUGUUUGCUGUGAAAGCUAAUGCAUCAGUAAUAAUCAAAUAGUAUAAUGUACAACAAAAUUACACUCACCUGCUACAUAUUGUACUUUUACUUUUGAUUGUUACAUUUUGCUGAUAAUACUUUGGCACUUUUACGUAAGUAACCUUUUGAAUGCAGGACUUUUACCUGAAAUGAAGAAUUAUAGUGUAGUAUUGUUACAUUAACUUAAGUAAAGGAUCUAAAUACUUCCUGCACCCCUGAUUAGAAGAUGCUCUAUUCAGGAAACACUAGAAAAAUUCUAGAAAUACUAGAGCAGCCAAAGAUUUGGGAAACAUUAAAGGAGGCCAAGACUUUAGUUCAAAAGGGUAAAUGCAGUUAAUGAGUGCUGUUUCUUUAGGAGUGAUUUGAUCAUUUAACAACAUUGUUUUGCAUCAAAUAUGUGAAGGGGAAGAGUUAUAGAGAGUCAUAAAAGGACAUGGUGAAAUUUGAAAUAUUCCAAUUGUAAAAGUCAUCAAAUGAGGGGUUUUUUAAGGACAUGGGGGGUUCCUAGUGCUGCAAAAUGCAUCUGCAAGAAAAUACACAAAUGAUUUUUGUAAAGCUAACAAAGCUAAUGCUAUUCUUCAUCACACAACAGAUUCUAAUGUAUUGUAGUUUAAUAUAAUAUACCAGUAUGGGCACAGUGAAACACCAACAUCUGGUUAGCUUCACCACACAUUUGUGGUUCACCCUUACAGGGAUUCACCAUCAGUUUAGUACUGCACUUCCACAAAGAUGGGGGAACAAAAGAAUGGCCAAAAUCAACAAAGCAGAGGCCGAGAUAUCCCGACUUUUAGUCUCUUGUAUGAGUCAAUGUUCAAAAACACAAGAACCUAUAUUUCCCAUGACGCAACUCAAGAGAGAUUUUCAUUAAAUUCCCCCCUACCACUUCUUUCAAACCCCACACCUCCAGAAAAUUUGAAGUCUGAAGCCUGAGCCAAUUUGACCUUGAUGACAUCACUUCAGAACAGGUAACUGAACUUCAUGUGUGAAAUUGGUGGAGUGCCCCUUUAAAAUAUUCCUGCUUGGUUUAAUUCAUGGACGGAUUCCUGUGUUCUUGCUGGGCUUGUAUUUAAAUUAAAUUCCUGCCACCUCUGUACAGACCUACAAAGGAAUUUGUUCACUUUGCAAUUCAACAGUCUGGUGACCCAAUUCAAUGAGUGAUAAUCUGAGUGAGACAAACUCAUAUCUGCUGUUAUAUACAAAGGUGACACAUUGUUGAUUUCAUAUAAGUUAGAGGACUUAAUGAUCUGUCAGCAGACUGAGCAGCUGUUUGUUGUCAGUGUUUACUUUCCACCAUGACUAACAGGGCUUGACCCCAUUCUUCCAGGAGCAUGUUUUGUUAUUGGAGCAGGAUUACAGGGAGCAGAGUUAGCUCAUCUGUUGCACUGUGACUGGCUCCCUUAGAUCCCUUAGUCAGUAUUGACCUUUCACCAAAAAGUUUCCACUGAUACAAGAGCCCAAAUUCCAGACCUGCCUGGCAGGCUGCGAUGUGUGGCUCAUAGGAGGCAUUCUUCCAUCUGCGUUAGUCACUGCAGCUGUAUGGCAUGCUUUAAACCUGAUAGCAGCUAUUUGAACACCGUCCUCUCCUCCCAAAAAAAAGUUUGAGAGCAUAUCAAGCUUUUUAUAAAUCACCCAUCAAUCAGAGAAAACUAAAAUGAGCAAGGGAUUCGUUAAAGGCACAGUCUGUGAUUCAAGUACACAGGCCCAUAUUUUACAAAUAUGUGUAGAUUUUAAUUUUGAAGUUAAACUCCUUAAGUAUCAAUGUAAAUAUAAUUUACAUUUAUGUGGUGAAAAAAAACAACUACUGGGGAAUUUUGUCGUUAUUUGGAUUACUUGAUUUGUUAAAAAUGUGCAUUUACAUGAGUGACUGACACGUUAUUCUUGAGAUAGCAGCUAUAUCAGUUGUUGCUCCAGGUAUGCUUAUUAUUUUAUGUGUAAAUUUGGGGCAGUCAGUCAGAUGUUACAGUAAAGAGGCACUAGAUGACACCAUUGCUCAAAGCUAAGAUCCUACAUCAGGGGUCCACAAAUAGGUUCAACCAUGGGCCAGUAUUUUUUCAGCACUGUUUACUGGGAGGUUAAAUCACGUCCCAAUAUGUUUUUAAUAUAUUUUGAUAAUUUAUUUAUUUUAAUUCAUUCAAGAAUAAAACUGAUUUAUAAAAUAGCUUUAGGUUUGUACCUGAAUGAAUAUAUCAUAAUUUCCAGUAGUGACAGCUAACAAAGUCACUCAGCUUAUGUUUGAUACUCAUUUGACAAAAAGAGCCUCUUAAACAUGAACAUACUGUACAUGAGACUAAAAAUGCAUUAUCUUGUCCAUACACAUUAAACAGUGGGCUGCUUCAUUUGUGGUUGAAGCAAAGUGCUGUCAUUGACACAAAUCUGUUCUGGUCAGACAGGCCAAAUCAUGUUAUGUACCUGUGUUAAUCAUCUCAUAAGUUUAUAAGAUGUUACAAGGUCAUAUUUAUUGGGAUUUACAUGAGCCUUCUGUUUAUAUUGUUAUUGACUUCAGGUUUAUGAAGACUCAUGUACAAGAUUUGAUGUAAUCUAUAAAAGGAAAAAUAUUUUUGUUAGAGAGCCAAAUUUGGGCCACAGGGCACUAUUUAACUUCCAUACAUGUUCAUUUGAAGCACCUUAAGAGCCUUUUGGUUUCACUUUUUUUUAUUUCUAAAUGCACCGCUAUUUGACCUCCAAGCAAUAUAAACAUUUUUUAUUUAACAUUUUCUCUUCCUUUUCCUCCUUCACUACUAGAGCGUAUGACUCAUGUA